AUGUCGCCUAAGCACCGUUGGCUGCCAGAGUUCCAUUCACCCUUUGGAGACGUGAAAUGGAUAGCGCCUGAAAGGAAUCGUAGGCAGUUGUCGAUGUUCGAUCUCGUGCCUUCGCCUGCAACAUAUGACGAGGAAUAUGCGACCAUACAGCUUUGCAGCACCAACAACAGCGAUCCGGAGGAGCAAGACUGCGGACCAUCACCGCGAAUGCCUUCGAAGCUGAAAGAGGACAGGCAAGAGGGACCCGAACCUCGGAAGAAGGCCGCUUUGGAGGUCACUGACGAAUCGACGAAUUCGGUGAAGAAGCGCAAAUUUGUCGAUAGAGAUGGUGUAUUGGCAAACAUAAACAUCAAUGACGCCGCCCCACCAUAUCGACCUGUGGCUAAGGCGUGCUAA